AUGGUCAGUGCCUAUCAGUUCCUUUUGCAAAGCAAUCCAACUAUGUUAACUAGUAGCGAUAAAUUAAACGAUGAAAUAAAGGCUAGAUUUCCGUUUCUCUUUUCUAAUGACCUUGGCUGCUUUACGAAGACCCAAGCGACUCUGAGACUAAAAGGAGGAGCGCGACCCGUUUAUCGUAACGCUCGACCAGUUCCAUAUGCAGCAGCUCCCAUAGUUUCGGCAGAACUUGAACGUCUUCAACAUCUUGGAGUAAUGUCACCUAUUGAAUACUCACAGUCAGCGGCGCCAAUCGUAGUUACGCUUUUUGCAAAUGGCCAGAAAUUGAAUAUUUCAACUUCAAGUACUACUGUAGCUAAAACUAUUGAGUUCAUUGAGAAAGCUUUUGCGCAACACGGCCUUUGUGACACGAUUGUUAGUGAUAAAUCUCCGCAAUUCAUCUCGCAGGAAUUCAAAAAUUUUUGCGACUUCCAAGGAAUUAAUCACAUAUCUACAGCUCCAUACAGUCCACAAUCAAAUGGCCAAGCAGAUUGGUUCGUUGACCUACUCAAAUCAAGACUUAAAAAGGCAAAGGGAAGUAUCGACAGGAAGCUCAACGAAUUCCUCACUUGUUAUCGAUACACACCAUCCUACAAUCUCGGUAUGAAAUCACCAUCUGAGCUCCUAAAUGGCAGAAAAAUGAAAAUUCGUCUUGACUGCAUUAAACAGCAAAAACCGGAAGGCGAAUUAAAAAAACAAAGUAAUCAGCAAGAGACAAAAUUAAAGCAGUUCAGCAUUGGAGAUAACGUUUACUAUAAACUUCAUUCCAAUAAUAAUAAAUGGACUUGGAUACCUGCUGUAAUCAUAAAGAAACUUGGAGUAGUAAAUUAUGAAGUCAAAAUUGACCAGGAAAGUAAUGAGCGCGUUAUUAAAGCACAUGUAAACCAGCUGAAGUAUCGUUAUACAAAAAACGUACUAAAUGAACUGCUUAAAGUUCCAGAAUUCACGCAUACAGUUGAACCGUUCAUUGUUCCAAAUCGAACUUAUGUACCGGAAGAGAUCCUAUCCCCUGCUAUCGAGCAACAGACUAAUUCCAAUGAUGAUUUUAAUAGCAAUCAGGAAAUAUCGACUAUAACACGUUACAAAGAGUUAAGACGAUCUCAAAGGGCUACAAAGAGGCAUGCGCCACGUUGA